AUGAGUGAACCACCUUCUACAGAGAAACGGUUGCAAAAUCAAGAAAUCAAGGCUACUCGUAUCUAUAUAUUUUUAUUUAUAUUAUGUUUAAUUGCUGCUCUUCUGUAUUCUGGUCCAUUCAGUGAAGAAAGAGAAUCUAUUAAAAUAAAAUUUCCAACAAUAGAUAUUGUCAACGAUCUUCAUCAAAACAAUAUAUCAAGUCUUUCAUGUCCUUGUUCAAAAGCAGCUAUUCCUUAUUCGAAUUUUUUAUUAAUAAGACCAAAAUAUCAUUCAAUAUGUUCAAGUGAAUAUAUUUCUCCAUCAUACAGUAUGAAUUUAUUAAAAAAUAAUGAUAAUAUAUCAUUAGCAUUAAGUAGUCAUUAUCGUUUAUUAUCAUCACUUUGUCAUUCAUCUUAUCAUUUCAUUGAAAAUGCAACCAAUAUCUUUGAUACUCGUGAAUUAGUAACUGUAGAAACAUUAACUCGUUCUUCAUUUGAUAUUCAAACAAAAUCGUUACUUUCAACAUUUAUUUCUAAAAUACCAGCUGAUUAUCGUCGUACACUUUCAUUUAUAGUUAAUUCAUUUAGUGUUAAUCAAUUAUUACAUCUUUUUACAAGUAAUUGGCAAGUUGAUUUUACUGAUGAAAAUGAAAAUAAUGUAAUAAAAACAUUUCCACGACGUUUUUCAUCAUCAAAUUGUAGCUGUGCAAUAUCAUCGAAUUGUAGUGAACAACUAACAGAUGAUAUUCUUAUUGGUUGUUUUCCAUAUGACGGAUUUCGUUUAUCAAAAUUUGAAAAUUUUUCAUUAGGAAAAUUAAGUGAUCAAUUAUUUGUAGACAUAUGGAUAAAUAAAACUAAUUAUACAAAUUACUUUGAAACAUGUAGACCAUUAGAAUGUCAAUAUACAUUACCAAAUAAAAACAAUCUCAUUAUUAUGUUAACAACUCUUUUAGGAUUAUAUGGAGGUAUAUAA